CGCGCUGCCCUCUCUUCUCCCUGGCGCUGAUGUGUUACUAACGUCAGCCUGUAAGUCUGCUAAAAUGUUUGGUUUCGGAUCAAAACUGCUGCUGCUUUUUCUGCUGGCCUUCCCCUGCGGAUUAAUAUCAGUCGGUCAAGUCUCUGCACAGUCAGACUCGGCCGAGGACGCUACUGACGAUGCAGAUGCUGCAGUAGACGAGGAGGAAGAUGAAGACGAGAUGGUGGUCGAAGAAGAUCAGAUUCAAAACAUGGACGGAGGUGAAGAUGACUCCGAUGAAGCGGCUGAAAAACUUGUAACUUCACACCCCGAUGCCGACACUACCAUCAUCUUCACGACAGGCGAAGAGUUUCCAGCCAAUGAAAUUGUGAGGUUCCUUGUGGGUUUCACCAAUAAAGGAGGUCAGACUUUCACGGUUCAGUCGCUGGAGGCUUCUUUCCGUUAUCCACAAGAUUUCCAGUUCUACAUUCAGAAUUUCACAGCGUUGCCCCUGAACACGGCCGUCCAGCCCCAGGCCCAGGCCUCCUUCGAGUACUCGUUUAUCCCGGCUCAGCCCAUGGCCGGACGGCCCUUUGGUCUUGUCAUCCUCCUCAACUACGUGGAUCCUGAGGGCAACACGUUCCAGUCAGCCAUUUACAACCAGACUGUCACCAUAACGGAGCGAGAAGACGGACUGGAUGGAGAAACGAUGUUCAUGUACGUGUUCCUGGGUGGGCUGGUGGUCCUGUUACUCUUUGGGAUGUAUCAGGUUCUGGAGAGCAGAACGAGGAAACGGCUUCCUGUGAAAAUAGAGAAGGGCACAACUGGAGCGAACGACGUAGACAUCAGCUGGAUUCCUCAGGAGACUCUCAACGCCAUGAAACCUUCGCCAAAAACAUCCCCACGGAAACGAACCAAAAGGGCAGCCGGGGUCGACCAGUAAGCCCUACUGGUCAUACUGGGCAGAAUCCACGUUCCCAUUCACUAAGGAUCGACAGUCUGAAGCCUAUAGACCGGCUCUCAUCAGAGCGCGGCCAUUUAAACACUAACAGGACAUUUAACUAAGUUUUAAAGCUGCAUUUUUGUAAAAUCAUGGUUUAAGCAGUGAAAUGUGCAGACCGCCAUAUGGAUGCUGCGACGCCUGAGCUGAAUGUGGAGGUUUAAUCAGGAUCAGAUAAAUUGACUUGAAACCAGAAGUAUUGAAUUUGUAGAUCAAGUUUCUGUCAAUCCAGCACCUCUGUGCCUUAUUUACACCCGAACUUUGCUGCCCUGCAAAGAGUGAAUGGUAAACACCAAUGUGUCCGUCUGGUUUUAACACUGUGACACGGGGACUUUUGUUUUUAGAUGUUUCUUUAAGAGAGUAAUAACAGCAGCUGCAUAUCCUAUGACAAUCUUCUGCCAGCGUUUCCUUGUUUACCUGUUUUUUUAUUUUCUCCCCUCGAAGAUGGAGGCUCCUUCAGCAUUUCAGCCUCGUCACGCAGCGUCAUUGUAGCUCUCAGGUUGUUUGCUAUCAUUUUUAUAAAACCGCCUUUUGAAAAAGCAAUAAAAGAACAAAGGAGGUGUU